AUGGCAAUGGGUUUCAGAUCGAACAUAUUUGACCCACUCCUGGUAGGCAGUCAGAUUCUGGCCCUCCAGUGCUGUUUCUAUGUGACUAUGGGUUUGUGGCUGGUCCUGGCAGACAUGAUAGCAGGCAUACAACUUUCUGUAGACCAACUAUUCGACUACAAAGAGUUUGAGGGGCCUCAUGAUGGCUGGUUGGUGAUGGGGGCAGUCGCUCUUAAUGCAUUCUCUACUGCACUGGCAAUGUGGUGGAUUGUGAGGAGAGCAAAACUGUGCCUUGACUUCAGUAUCACAGUGUACCUGCUCCACCUCCUCCUCUCAGUGUUGUACGGAGGCCUCCCUCACUCGUGGGCCUGGUGGAUCACCAACACCGCCUCACUAGUGAUCACAGUGGUGGUGGGGGAGUUCCUGUGCAUGAGAUCAGAGCUAGCGGCCAUUCCAGUGACUGGGGAGGCUAAGACUUGACUCCCUCUGUGUCUGUCUGUAUUGUCUCAAUCACUAUUGGUGUCACUUGUUUUUAUAUUCAUUAUACCACUACAUUUGUUAUGUUACUGUACAUCUCUGAUCUCUGCUAUACAUCUCAUCAACCUUGCUACUUUA